GCGGCGUGCAAGAGGGCCUCGCGGCUCGCGAGCAGACCAGACCUCCACGUGGACCUCGCCGCGCCGCCUCCCCCUCCAUACAGGGGGAUGUUGGCUACGGAUAACUUUUGGCUACGAAGUUCGAGCCGCCGCCCCAGCGCUCGAUUAAGCGUUUCCCUCGUUCCACCGUUCCACCCGCACCAGUCAUGGCGUCGACUCAGAUGUGGAAGAGCAAGUUGGGGAACUGGUACCCCAAACACGAGAUCGACCGCCUCGACCAGGAGCACCACCAGAUGCUGAAGGCCCUGCGGAUGCAGGGCAAAAACUCGCGGUGCGCAGAGUGCGCCGCCGCAGACACUUGCUGGGCGAGCGUCAACCUGGGCGUGUUCGUCUGCGUUCGAUGUUCCGACGUGCACAGGGCGGUAGGCACCCACAUCUCCGUGGUGAAGGGCUGCAGCGGCACCUACCUCUGGGGCCCCGACGAGCUCGCGCGCAUGCGGGAUAUGGGCAACGCACACGCGGAGACGCUGUACGGGCACCGCCACAAGCCCCUGCCCGAGUCCGCCUCCAAGGAGGACCGCGUCAAAGCCUGCGAGUUCAAGUACGGCAAGGGGCCGGCUGCCGCGACGGCCGCGGCGGCCCCUGCGGCCCAGGCGCCGCCGCGCCAGGCUCCGUGUGCAGCUGAACACUCCGUCGCGGCGGGCGGGGCCACGGCCGCCGACGGCCCGAUGGCGCUGCGCCCGGCCCCGUGCGCAGCCGAGGACCCCUCCGCGCCCACGGCGGCCUGCGCCUGGCGGGCCGCGGUGCCGCCGCCCCGCCGCGCCGCCAGCCCGCCUCGCCCGCGCGCCGCGGCCCUCGAGGCGCCCGGCGCGGACGAGCUCCGGAGCCUCGAGGCCGCAGAGGCGGCCGGCGGCGGGGAGGCCGUUUGCUGGGCGCCCUCGUCGGGGCAGCCCGCGGCCCCGUGCACCGCUGUCGCCGCGGCGGACCUGGACGCGUUCCUGUACCAGUGCCUCCAGAGGGGCGGCGAGCCGGCGCAGCGCCUGCAGAAGGGCGGCAAGCGGCACCCGAGCCCGCGCGCGUCGCGCCGGCGAGGGCCGGCGGCCUGCCGGCCGAGGACGACUUCUUCAGCAUUUGGCUGUGAGCAGCAGCGCGCUCUCGCGCGGCGCGGGGUGUCGCUGGCCGCCGGCGGCUGCCGUGCCGGAGGCCAGGCCGCGCCAGCCUGCUGGCCCUCGAGAGAGCCUCCAGGGCGAGGCAUUGGGCUCCCUGCCGGGCGGGGGGGCAGAGCGGUGGGCAUCGAUGGGGGGCGGCGGGGUUCGAGCGGGGCCAGGGCGCCGCGGCUGAUCGGCCGGGGCCUCCCCCCUCCACGGGCGGUGCACAGGGCGCCCGCGGGGCAGGGGGGGGGCCGAAGGCGACGGGCGACGGCGCGAUGCGCCCCCGGUUAUUUCAGGCGUCGCCGGCGCGGGGCCGCGCCGGGGGGGGGGGGCCUUUGCAGCCCCGCGGCUCCUGCCGCGGGGAGGGCUCUCACCCUCGGCUGCCCCGCGCCGCGGCCUUCCCUUGUUGGCUCCUGUGUUCAGCGAGGGGGAGCUCUUCUCUCCCCCCCCCCCAUGCGGCCCUCCCGCUGCUCCCACUCCUCGUCCUCUCGCUCCGAGAGCCCCGUGGGCGCCCGCUAAAGGGUGCCUCUGAUCUGGGGCCGAGGGGGGGGUCCCCGCCCCGGCCCCUCAGACGCAGGGUCGGGCUGGGACUCCGCGCUGCGUGUACAGACCAGCGGCGCCCAA